AAACAGUUUCCCCCAAACUCAAUUCUCAAUUUGUUAUUUGCUACUAUUAUAUAGAUUAUAUAACAUUAUCAACACUAGAUUAAUGACACCCACGACCCGAAACAAUGACUGUAACCGUAAAUUUCCAUCUCCUCAUCACCGUCACUACACUCUCCAUCUCUUCAAUUUUUACUACCUUCGCCGUUGAUGAAGCUUUCCCUUCAAUUCUCAGUACCUUUGGCGUCGCAACAAAACACUCGGACUAUCUUAAACCAAUCCGUUGUGAAGUUUAUGGCGGAGAAAGGAAAAUAUUCGACAUCAGCCACCGGUACACCCCGGAGAUGCCGGUUUGGGAAUCUUCAAAAGGAUUAGGAAAGUUUCUGAGACUUGCCGUGAGUAUGAAGAAUGGAUCAGAAGCUAAUAUCUCGGAGAUGAAACUAUCUGUUCACUCUGGAACUCAUGUUGAUGCUCCAUGCCAUUUCCAUGAUCAUUAUUAUGAUUCUGGUUUUGAUUCUGAUUCACUUGAUCUUCAAAUCCUUAACGCUCCUGCUUUGUUGGUUGAUGUUCCAAGAGAUAAAAACAUUACUGCUGAAGUAAUGGAAUCACUUAAUAUUCCAAAGGGAGUUCGUCGUGUGCUAUUCAAAACAUUGAAUACUGAUCGGAUAUAAUCCCUGUGGAAUCGCUGAAGCUGGAUGAUGUUGAGAUAGGCAUGUACUCGCUUCAUUGCUUACCGUUGAGGUUGGUUGGGGCGGAAGGAGCACCAACGAGAUGCAUUCUCAUCAAGUGAUUCAGUUCAUAUUCUUCUCUAUAAGAUGUUGUGUAUACGAAAUUAAAAAAUAAAAUAAUAGGCUUCUUUCUUCCAUGAUAUUAUUCGGUAUUAAGUAAAAUCUUCUCCGGUCAUCAUUUGGUACGUUUUGAUAAUUUCCAAAUCAGAAACAUGAGAUAAUAUAAAUGUUUUAAUU